AUGGAUUUCAUCUACCAGCAUUUCUUAGAGCCGCCUCACCAACACAACUUAGAUGACCUGGGUGAAGUUAUCAUAAAGCCAUCACUCUGCGAGAAUACCUUGCACACAGAGUUAAGACAUUCCUAUCAGGCGGUUUAUGUGUCUACUUCCAUUGCACUUGCAUCACUGAAAAGACAGAGAACAUUGUACCAGGAGUGGGCCACUCUGCAGGUUGGGCCUGGGCCCAAUCAUGCAAUCAUCGCCAAAUAUGCCAAGUUCAACGCGUCAAGGAGAGUAAAAGCUGAAAUUUUCUACUUUGACAAUGAAGCCAUGCCUGACUGGCGGCGCAAAGCAUUCUUCCUGCAAUCUCAACUGGAUCAUCCAUGCCUAACACAGGCUUGGCUUGAUACCGAGACACUUGACGCUUGGUUAAAGGUCGUGAGGGAUAUCGUUAACAAAUGGUGCGAGGAGUCUCAGCAGCUAAAAGACAGACUUGUCGUUCCAAUCGAGGAAAGCGCUUUGGGAAAGACAAUGGUGGCGGAUGAAUCGCGGAAGCAAUGA